CUCCGCCCCGGGGAAGUUCUGGCUAGGGCGCCAAGGACCCAGGAGAGCAUGAGCACCUCCAGGCUUUAUACGCUCGUGCUGGUACUACAGCCUCAGCGAGUUCUCCUGGGCAUGAAGAAGAGGGGCUUUGGUGCUGGCCGCUGGAAUGGCUUCGGGGGCAAGGUGCAGGAAGGAGAGACCAUUGAGGAUGGGGCUAAGAGGGAGCUUCUGGAAGAAAGUGGUCUGAGAGUGGAUACACUGCACAAGGUAGGCCACAUCUCAUUUGAGUUUGUGGGCUCCCCCGAGCUGAUGGACGUGCAUAUCUUCUCUACCGACCACGUGCACGGGACGCCCACAGAGAGUGAAGAAAUGCGCCCUCAGUGGUUCCAACUGGACCAGAUCCCCUUUGCCGACAUGUGGCCGGACGACAGCUACUGGUUCCCACUCCUGCUUCAGAAGAAGAAGUUCUGUGGACACUUCAAGUUCCACGGUCAGGACACCAUCCUCAGUUACUCCCUACGUGAGGUGGAUGAGUUCUAAUACAGAGAGAGGUCUGACUGGUUCUAGCCAUUCCGGUUGCAACACAGCCACUGCAAGCUGUCGCUCCAAGGACACAGGCAGGGGCUGGUAUUUUCUGUUUGCAAGGUUGAAAU